AUGCAGCGUGGUCCUGACCUGAGAACGUUCACCGGAAUUCUCGGACACGAUGAAGCGACAACGCCCAGUAACUUCGUGUCUGACAUGCAGACAACGAAGAGUAAGACACAUCCAGUCUGCAUGAGGUGUAACAGCAGCCGUCUGACUUGCACCUACGACACCAGCGCAACUCUAGAGUUGCCAGAGAAUCAAUCUGGUGUCGUAAUCCAGUCUGCGUCUCUCUCAUCCGCAGCUCUGCCCCGAGAGAAUGAAUCUCAAGCACGGUCGCAGCGAGUCUCGCUUGAAAGGCCUACCACGCGUCAGAACAGCAGCGAGAAAGGUCGAUUGACGGCCUUUGCCGGUGGGCGCUCAGUCUACACACCAGCGACGUACUGGGCAAAUCCACUCAUGCCAAAGGACAGUAACGAGAUGGACGACAAUGAUGACGUCCCAGACGAAUCAAGCAAUUUUGUACGUUGGCCCCCGGCAUCCGAGGAUCAUUCAGGGUGGGCUGGAGCGAAAUUUCGACCACCUCGAUCCUCGACGCUGUGGACCGGGGCCUCCUCCAACAAGUGUAAAUUCUGCGGGAGAAACUACAACGUCUCGUGUGUCAUGGCACUCUUGCCGACAAGGGAGGUUUGCGAAAAACUCUGCAGGCUUUUCUUUUCCACGGUGUUUCCCCUGAUGCCUCUAUUACACCUUCGAAGUUUCGGAGAGGACUUUGGCGAAUUCUGGGAGGGCACCAGGACAGGAAACAUGCACAACAGUGAGCCCAGCCUCUUGUUGCUCAAGAAGCCAGGCUUUCUGUGUCUGUUGACAUCUAUUUUGUUUUCGGCACUCUCGUCGGCAUCCAAAUCACGGGUGAAAUUACUGCUGGGCGACUCAAAUGUUCCGGACACGGGGGAAAUGUACUUUGCCGCCAUGGUGUCCGCAAGUCUGACCGGAUUCCCUCGACGUCCCAGCAUUUACUCCCUGGCCGCGUACCUUUUCGCCCAGAGCCAGUUUGUGAGAGAAGAAGAGUUCUCGGAUGUGCCCGAUUUCAUCGCCACUUCCUUCCGACUGGCCCUGGGCAUGGGUCUCCAUCGACAGUUCUCCGACGUAGGCUUCACGCGUGCCGAGAUGGAGACCAGGCGACGUGUUUGGUGGUACAUUUUACAUCUCGACGUCAUGUCGUCGGCCUCUUCGGGUCUCUCACCUCUUUUCAUCGACAAGAAAAUGGCAAACACGGACGAAAUCUCCCCACAUGACUGCGUUGAAGGGGGUUCAAACGUCAACACCGAGGUUGAUGUACGCUACGUGGUGGCCCUGCAACGCUACAAAGUCACCAAGGAGAUCCGAGAAGUGCUGAAGUAUCAUUUCGAGGAUCACUUUCAAUCGCUCGACCAGGUCAACGAGGUCGCCAAGCAGCUCAAGGAUGUUGCAAACAGCGUCAAGUCAACCGUCGAGACACUUUUGAGGUCGACUCCUGCUUCUUCGAGGCCGACCCGCGUCGCGGAAGGGCAGAAUCUCAAGGGACGACCGUUCGACCGGGCGUGGAGUCUUCGACUAGACGCCGACGAUAAAGAAGUGGUCGAUUUCUCGGCUUGGGCGGUCUUCCUAUUGCAUCUGAUGGUGCACAAAGCCUACUGCGUGCUCUACCGUCCCCUUUUUCGCGACCAGGCCAUGUCCGUGCACGACGUGAUUCGAAUGAAUGCCAUCAAACAUGCCCAAGCAUUCAUCCAGCUCUUCAUUCGAGUCUGCAACGAUCCGUCAUCGGAACCAUACCAUUGGAUGUACCCAGGGACCUAUCAGCCUCUCCAAGCAGUGGCCACGCUCCUGGCCGAUCUUCUACAGCACCCUCACAGCGACCACGCGCCACUAUCUCGGGGGUUGAUCGAUGCCGUUUUCGAACUCUACCGAGUGGACGAGGGUAUUGUCAGCCGAGAGGAGCCUCCCCAGCGCCAACUCUCGCCGGCUGGAAAGGACGCUUGGACAAUGCUACUCAGAGCACGACGGAAGGCUCUGGCACAAAUUGGAGCAGACCACCAUGUCCUGCACCCAUCCCCGACGAUCUCCUCAAACUCCUGUAUCUGUGGCGAUCAGAUCGUGCAAGACACGUCGGCCGCGCCGAGUUCACAACAACACUCGAGCCGUGAACUUUCGCCGGUGGCGCCAGAAGAAAGUCCUCGAGACCUGUUUCACGUCGAAGCAGACCAGUCGAACUUGUCACCGGGUAUGCUCUCACAAAUGAAUUUUGAUUGGCGUGCCUGGGACAAUGCACUGGAUCCGUCCAUAGUGGUAUCUUUACAGGUCGCCAGAUCGAAUAUUGCGUAUCCAGCUCGAAUCCUACUUUUCUGCCUACACGGGCUUGGAACCGUCUUUGGUCUGGCAUACAAUUCCAACACGCCCGACUUGUAUCCCAACACGUCACACCCGUCUCUCGCGUGGACGUUGUGGGCAAUUGCCAUCUUUGAGGCGGUGGUCAGUGUCGUGAAGAGCGUCUCGAGAUCCCCUUCUCCGAAAUCAACAUUUCAUGCGAGUCACGAUCGGCACCCCCUCAUGUCGUCCUCUAGACUUUUCCAAGAUUCCGACGAGUCCCUCGACCAUGACCGGCGCUCAACAAGAGACCCGGGCGAGUCCUCUCCUCGACGUAACUUGACUUUCUUACCCUCCCGACGGCAGAGACGAACCUUCUCGUGGAGAACCGGCUGGUCCAGAACGACACUGUCGAGUCGCCUCGUCCGAAUCGGCGCGUCCGCAUCUACAAAUCUCCUCAUCACGAUGAUCAUAUUGGCGUUUGUUUCAUUUUGCACCGGGACAGUCACCAUGGCUGGAAUAUUUAAAGGAAUCAACCUCUUCAACGGAUUGGCGCAUUUCAUCAAAGGCGGCGUCUUCUUCUUCUUCGGUAUCGUGACCGUGCUCCGCUGCAUCGGUUGCUUUUCUGAACUCGGCUGGGCGUGGAAUCUCAAGGUCACGACAAAACCUCCGUCCAGGAAACCGAGUCGCCCCUUCACCAUGGAGGGGCUCGAGUGUUUGCUCAUUUUCAUCUACGGAAUCACCAACGUCUUCCUGGAACAUCUCUCCGGCUGGGGAGGGGCGUGGACGGCACAGGAUCUCGAACAUGUCGCCAUAUCGCUGUUGUUCAUCGGCGGUGGAGCGUGCGGCUUGAUGGCUGAAUCACGAGCUUCUCGAGAAUCGGUGGAAGACUCUCUCGCCCUGGAGGAAAAGCAGAAUACGAUCCCGGGCUACUCGACGAACCCCGUACCUACCAUGAUCAUAUUUCUCCUGGGUGUAAUUCUGGGCGGCCACCAUCAAGACACGAUGGAAUCUACAAUGAUGCACAAAUGGUUUGGUAAUUUCCUCACAGGCGCAUCGAUCAUGAGGGCCAUCACGUACCUGUUGCUGUACAUCACCCCGGCAAAGUCCACUUCACCAUCUCGGCCACCGUCUGAGCUUGUCACAUCAUUUUGUUUGAUGUCUGGAGGUCUGACGCUCAUGGCCAGUAACAGAGACACGGUCGACGCGAUCAUUGAAAACCAUGUACCUGCAAUGGUGGUGGCCACUGUCAUCAUGGGCAUCUCUGCAGUUUUGAUGGCGUGGUGUUUUAUUUUGGUUUCUAUCAGAGAGUGGGCACAAGGAAGAGAAAACCUCCGCACGAUCGAGAGUGAGACUCCCCGUGGCACCCCUGACACGGACGACACGGCAUCUCUCGAGGGUCGAAGGGUUCAGUCCAAAUCCCUCGAGAGUGAGAAGGUUCAUUUCGAAUCUCUCGCGAGUCAGGAGAUUCAAUCCGCGUCUCUCGAAAUCCAGAAGCUGAGCCUCUCUCUCUCACUCGACCUCUCGGACGUGUUUGUCAGAUUUCUGGACAACUACAUUCCCAGAGACCAGCCCCUGGUCCCGACUGGCCACCGACCUCAACUUUCCUGGCUACAGGCCAUCACUCCACCACGCGCAAACGACGCCUCUCUGGAUUCCGCGAUAUUGGCAUUGAGUCUGGUCUGUCUGGGCCGCAAACACGGCGACGAGAGGUUGCGACGUGAAGGGACGGCAAACUACGGCAGAGCUUUGCACCGACUACAAGACAUUCUCUCCCGCGGCAAUUUGUUGUUCGAGGAACAGACCCUCGCCAGCUGCAUGGCACUGUCCACGUUUGAGCUACUGGAAGUCUCAGGACACAACACCGGCGGAUGGGCCAGCCACAUCGAGGGUAUCGCCAGGCUGAUACAGCUUCGAGGGCCAGAGUUGCACGUUUCCGGGCUGAGCCAUCGCCUGUUUCUGGACUUCAGAUCCAGUUGUCUCACCUACUCGUUGGCCACUCGCAGGUCGACAUUCCUCGCGCAACCGGACUGGCUGACCGUCCCCUGGAAGGUACACCCAAAGUCCGACCUCGACCGGCUGCGCGACAUGAUGGCCCAACUUGCGAACCUGAUUGCAGAGAAUGAACGACUCGACGCCACGGCCGACGAGAAGAGAGCGGGAAUCAUCGGCCGGGGCCAGGAACUGCAAUCCCAGCUCGACACCUGGCACGGGGACCUCACACGAAAGCACCCUGGACCACUGUACUACGAGCGGCCUUCGUCGGCACCGUUUCUCUCGCGAUUUGCUUCCGUCUUCCCCACCGCCCUGCACUUUCAGAACUUCGGAAUCGCACGGAUCAUGGUCAACUACUGGGCCGUUCUCCUCCUGCUGUACAACGGCAUCCCCGCGGCGACGGACGAGUUCGCCCGGCGACAAAGACAGGUGCUGGACCUGGCGCGGAUGAUCGUCCAGUCGAUGGAGUAUCUGAUCUCCGACGACAUGCGCGUCCUCGGCCCGCAGACGGUGUUUUUCGCCCUGCGUCUGACCAUGCACGUGUUCACGACCGCCGGAGAACCCGACGAGCUCGAUCGGUGCCGGGAGGUUCUGGAGGAGCUGGAUCGUCGAGGGUAUCCCUUUGGCAAGAUUCUGUCGAGCUGCGCCUGGGACGAUAUACCCGCGCUGUUGUCGGGGAAGGCCAUAUCCUCGGAUCUACGUACGCAUGAUGGUUGA